CGCGUAUCUGUACUUUGUCGGGAGACACAAACGCAUUACCGUGGCGCCGCCAGUCAGACGUGGAAGCCCACCUUGGCCGGGCCACCAGGGCUAUUUCAGGUAGCAUAGCGCGACAGAAACGGAAAGCGGCCGUGGCGGCCAAUGCGCGUAAGGUCUACACGCUGCGUUCCAUUCGCACUGGAUCCGGAGCCCAAGGAGGCGCUGGAGAUCGCUAUCGCCACUUUGGUGACCGAAGAAACCUUCCGUCCCUGGACGUUGACCCGCGGCCGGCGGGAUGCUUGACGAAAGCUUGUCCGGAGCUGAGUGUGACAUCGGCUUGCCAAGCAGCAUAUAAAGUGAGGUUUAUUGUUUCCGUCGGCGACCUCGAAGCCAGCACAACUCGCCAGGCCAACAACCCCAUAACUAGCUGCCCAAACAGUCACCAUGGUCCAGCUCAUCCCCACCCUCGUUGCCUUCAUCGGCGCCGUCGCCGUCUCGGCGGCACCGCUCACGGAAACCCGGGCCGCCUCCGAGACCUGCGUCUACACGUGCGGCAGCGUGUGCUACUGGCAGUCCGACAUCGACGCCGCCGUCAGCAAGGGCGUCUCGCUGCAGGAGAGCGGCCAAGAGAUUGACGGCUACCCGCACCAGUACAAUGACUACGAAGGCUUCGAUUUCCCGACCCCGGGCCCGUGGUACGAGUUCCCCAUCUUGUCGAGCUACAAGGUCUACAACGGCGGCUCGCCGGGGCCGGACCGGGUCAUCUUUGACGCCAACGGCCGGUUCGACUCGGUCAUUACGCACACCGGCGCGAGUGGGGAUGACUUCGUUGCUUGCAAGCACUAGUUUGAGGCUUGGCU